AUGAAUUCACGCUCAAACAACGCGCUGAAGCCUAGCGCUCCUGGCCAGGCGCCCGGCUCGCUUUCUUCUUCUGAUAGUAAUACGUCCUGCGCGCCGCAGUCAUCAUCACCACAACAGUCGAAUCUUCAGCCACUACCCACUCACUCUGAUCAAUUGCAGGAAGUGCUCAAACUCGCAGAAGACGUCGUCUCACACAAACUUCGUUUCACGCCAGACGACGAACCCAUCAAAUUCACCAUUUCUCGAGAGUCGUGGUUGAAACUGCAAGAAGACUCCAACUUUGACCUGUGUAUAGAAAGGAAAUUAUUUCGGGAUUUCUUCGAUAGCUCGCUCUCUCUUAUCACUAUUAUGUCUCCCCCAAGCUACAGACACCAGACCGUCCUCAAAUUCCUUACGCAACUCGCGGGUGAUACUCGAUCAAACUUAAUAUCUACUCUCGCGUCGAAGAUAUCAGUCAAGCAGGGUUCAGCUAUCAGGAUGGUCACAGGAGACUACGUAUCAGCGCAAAAAAUACCCGACUUAUUUAUUCGAUGGAGAAAGAGUAUGGGCGAUAAUAGAAUUCAUACGAUUAUCGAAGUGGGCCAGACUCAAUCUCUCUCAGACCUCCGACGUCUCGCUCCGUUCUAUUUGAAUAAUAACGCUGAUAUUCAACGCGUUAUUCUGAUCAAAAUGACCGAAACGCCAACAUUCAAAUCUCCGGUAUCGACCGAAGUCUCUCAGGAAUUCCGAAGAGACGAGACAACCGGUGUGAUUUGGUGCGGUACCGCCAAGGUGAUUGGGACACCGAAGAUACUAUGGGAGGUGUGGGAACGGGAUACUACUGGUGUCCCAGAGUCGAUUUUUCAGGAGACUUUCGCGUUCGGAGAGAUACCAUCAAGAAAUCUUCCUUUCUUGAAAAUCUCUAAAGGAACCUAUGGCGAUACAGCAAUUCGGAGGGAGAUAGAUAUUUCUAUCAAACCGCAGAAGAUGAAAGAAUUCUGGACUAACUAUUGGGUUGACGAGAGCUGGGAGGAUGCGUACGAACGGGUGUAUCCGUUAGGUAUUCGGAGAGUGAAAGGAGCUGAUAUGUCGAUCCAGCCGAGCCGAGUCGGGUCGGGUUCACUCUGCAAGCAGGCAGCGAUCGUGAUAGCUAUCGCGGUAGCCAUCAUAGCCAUAGCAGUAGUGUUAGAGAGAUUUGGGGUGGGAUCGUUAGACGAAGAGUCAGAGGGUUGA